AUGGUCCGACUUGCCGAAGACGAUGAGCCCAAUUGGGGCUCCAGAGCUAUUGGCCCUUUCGAAAACAUCAGCCCCAAGGCAGAUGGAUUCAUGACCAGCGGCAAGAUUGGAGGUCUUGAUGCCCCAACAAACCCAGACCACAACUGGUGGUGGCAGCGUACUGCGCCCCUGCUUGCCACCCUCCUCCGCAGCGCUGGCUCUUAUACACACGAGCAGCAGCUUGACCACAUGCGCGUGUAUCGCGACGCCGUGGUGCCAACCUACGGGCCGCCUACACCUCAAGCCACUGUCCGUCCGUUGUUGACAAUGGAUGGCUCUCCGGUCGAACCGUCGUGGAAUUUUCAGAACGACGGGACAGUGGUGCGCUAUACCUUUGAGCCGCUGCUGCCGAAUGACGACCCGGAAAACCCCUUCCCCGGGGACAAGAUCACGACGCUGCUACCACUGCUACGAUACGUCGCGCCAGGUGCGGAUACGCGGUGGUUCGAGCAGGUCUGGUCUCGCUGGUUUGUGCAUGAGAAGAACGAGGUGGCCGCCGCGAAGGCCGGUCUCCCACCACACAAGACCCGGGCGCCGCAGAUCUUUGUGGCAUUUGACAUGAAGGGGGCCGAGCGCAUCAUGAAGGUCUACCUCUUCCCCGUGCUCAAGCACCUUGCCACUGGUGUCAGCACCGAGGACUUGACCUGGGACACCAUUCGCAACCUUGAGCCCGGUGGGCAGGGAUUCAGCAGGGUGGUGGACAAGCUGUCCAAUUUCCUGGCAGGGUACAAAGAGCGUAUGCCUGUUGAGAUGAUCGCCAUCGACUGCAUCGACCCGGCCAAGGCGCGCAUCAAGGUAUACGCCCGGACAAAGUCGAAUUCGAAAAGUACCAUUCGCGACGUGUGUACCCUGGGUGGUCUGCAAAUGGACGAAUCAACCAUGCGCGGCGUCGAAAAUCUAUCCAAAAUAUGGCACCUCCUCCUCGAUGAGCCAAACGGGAUUGCUCCAGACCAGUCCAAGCCGCCCCGCUUCCCAAAGGACCACCACGUGGGCAUUUGUUUUGUCUUCGAGAUGAGGCCAGGUCAGGAGAGGAUCGAGGUCAAGUGCCAUUUGCCUUGGGCGCAGACAAACUCCAACGACAUCCGCACGACUGCGAACUUUACCGAGGCGCUCGAGUUGCUGGGCUACGAACGGCAUGCCGGCAAGUACGCCAGGGGCGCCUUAGCUGCGGCCAUGAUACCCGGGAUUGAUUUCUCAAAGCCAGGGGCCUCGUCUUACACGUCGUACAAUUACGGACGAGGCCACUUGGGCUACGGUGACUACAUAUCUUCGUAUUUUUCACCCAUGUGCCAGGGCUAUGAUUAG